AUGGCAGGCUCAGAUGUUGAGAUGACUGGCGUCAAGCGACCAGCAAUCGACCUCGAAAGUCUACAGCGCAAGAAGUUCAAAACGUCAGAUCUGCCUUUAUCCGCUGCACAGCGAACGACGAUCGAUGGCCUUCUCUAUGCGUUUAAGAAAAAAGGUGGUUUCGACUCGGUUCGAAAGAAGAUAUGGGCUGAAUUUAGUGAGAGUGAAGCCAAAAAUUCUCUUACAUCAUCUUUGAUUGAAAUGGCUGAAUCUGAAAUUGACCGUGAUCCCUCCCUUUUGUCGCGUGAAAGAGGAAAAGCAGCAACUCUGAUAGAGGGUGCCGUCGAUCGCAGUGACCUUUAUAAGAACGUUGAAAGUGCUAUCGAUGCGAUAUCCUCUAGCCAUUUGGACUAUAUCCUUGACUCCCUACGCAGUAUCAGGCGACAAGAAGUUGGCGAAGAAGCGGCUGCUCUUGAGGAGGAGAGGGGUAGUAGGACAAACGAACACUACGAACGCGAAGUCAAGAUUAAGCGGCAGGAAAGAGAGUUAAUAUGGCUGAGAGAACUUGAGAAGCAGAAACAGCUUGAAUUGGAGAUGGCUAAGGCCAAGGCUGAAGAGCUACGGCAACAACGUGAGCUUGAGAAACAGAGGGAAGAAGAGGAACGGAAAAAGAAGCUGGAGCUGGAAGAGAAGCGCCGGGCAGAAAGAGAAAAGCUUCGGGAAGAGAGGCGCCUUUUGGAGGAGCAGAGGGAAAAGGAGAGAGAGGAGCGUUACGAUCGAAGAAGGCGAGAGCGGGAGAAGGAAAGAGAAGAGGAUCGUGAGAGAGACCGUGAGAGAGACCGUGAUCGUGUGAGAGAUAGAAAUAGGGUCGAAUCAUCACCUCGACAUUCCCGACACCGUUCCAUGACCCCAAAAGAGCCUACACCUGUGAUCGUUGACGAGAAAUCAUUGGAAGACGCAGCGUUGGAGCUACUCCUGAAAGAAGGGAAAGAGUUGGCUGAAAAAUCGCGCCAGAAACCAGAGUUCGACUUUGAGCAAGCUGAAGCGCUUGAAAAUGCACAAGCUCUGCAGCAACAGCAGCCACAGCAGCCACAACAGCCACAACAACAACGUUCACGCCAGCCUUCAGUAACAGAUCUGAAGCCUCCUCGCGCGGAUCAGACCCGCACACGUGUCGUGCCGUCUCGACUGAAAAAUGAAUUGACUCCAGCCUCUGAACCUUCUAAACUUAUACGUAACGUAAACGAGGAUCGUCGUGAAAGGGAUAGAGAUCGCGACCGUGACCGUGACCGUGACCGUGACCGAGACCGAGACCGGGAUCGACGGCGUGAUGAUCGUAGCAGGUCCAGAACACGACGCUCCUCACGAUAUGACGACAGGGAUCGUGAAAUGGAUCUGUACAGACCUUCAACCCGGGGUAAAUCGGAUCGAGAUGAACUUUCUCGCACUCGUGGAAGAAGUAGACAUCGCAGUAGGAGCCGUAGCAAAUCCCUUGCACGAAGUGGCGAACGAGAAAGGGAUAGGGAUAGGGAUCGAGAUAGGGAUGAACGUCGCUAUCGCCCCAGGGAUUACUCACGAGGCCGUACUCGAUCUCGGUCAACUAGGCGUCGACGGCACUCACAAUCCCGUUCCCGCAGCCGCUCCCGCACUGCUCAUCGGACUCCUGGAGAUCGGGAACGGGGACGGGACCGGGACCGGGAUAGGGACCGGGAUAGGGACAAGGAUAGGGAAAGGGAUAAGUCUUAUUCUCGCCCUGACUGUCGAUCCAGGUCUCGAAGUCCACCCGAUAUUGAUCGCUAUGUACCUCCUACUAGCAACCGUAGUCGAACACCAACGAGACGACGUGCGAGGACACCAGAUCGUGACCGAGACCGAGACCGAGACCGGGACCGGGACCGGGACCGGGAUCGUGAUCGUGAUCGUGAUUGGGAUCGGGAUCGGGAUCGGGACCGUGAUAGAGAUCGUGAUCGGGACCGUUACCGAGAUAUAGAUGACCGGCCUAAAUUUCAUGAAGUUGAUCGAUACAUUCCUGGAGGUUCUGGUAGUGCUAGCGCUACGGCCAUUGCCGACAAGGAUGAUCGGAGGUCAAGUAGGCGGAGGAGCCGGAGCAGGUAA